AAUUAUUUCUAGGUAUGAUCAAAACAAGAUGGCGUCCGUCCGGAAGAAAAAGGAAUUGCGUCAAAACCAAUUUUCGGAGUUGAGGUUUUCUUGUCCAGUUAUUCUUGCCCAACUUUUUGUCACACUUACUUGUAUCAGUAUAGUAUCAUGUCAGCUUGUCAUCAAUGUGAAAAACAAAGGCGGUGAUUUGAUCCAGGAGUCGUUACACGGGAACCCAGCGGAGAACACAAUCUCUUUGAAAUUUCAGAAAUUGGAUGGAACAUUGUUGAGCAUGUUGAUCGAUUUUAAAUCGGAAGUGCAGAUUUUUAAGAUGAUUGUUCUCGGGGAGGAGGAGAGAGCAGACGAGAGCCAGUACCAAACGAUGUGCUUCAUCUUCAAGUUCAUCAAGUCGGAGUUUAUCUCGGCAGAUGCAAUGUCCAAACUACGACAGAAAAACCCCGGCACGAUACGGAACCCAGAGGAGGACAAAGGGGAGGAGCGACUGAUCAUGAACCUAGGGGUGGACCUGGGCCAGGCCUCACGGUUCAGCCCCUGGGUCUUCAACGUCUGCUCUGAGGCCAAAGGUCGUAUCUUCACCAGGGACUCGGAUUUGAAGGCCUGGGCUGCAGGAAACAAUCUCACCUACACGUCUCGGCUGGAAGCCACUCACAGCUUCCCGCUGUUCACAACCUCCCGCUGCGACGAGACCAAAGAUACGGGUGCCGCGUGCGUCUGCCGGUUACCGAUCUGCAUCGGCUGGUACCCGUGCGGGCUCAAAUACUGCCGCGGGAGGGAUUCGGCAGGGAAGACGGUCAGCUACCGCUGCGGAAUUAAAACGUGUAGAAAAUGCCGCGUGUUCGACUAUUACGUGGAGCAGAAACUGAACUGCAUGUGGGAAAGUGUUAACCAGGAUUGAAGUCAUUGAGCCCCACUAUUGGACCGAUCGACUAAGCCCACUCAUAAGACCUUUUCACACUAGAGCCUCUCAACCCAGGUUGAACUCAACCUUGGGCCAGCCCAGUGCCACCCCAGAUUGAGUUUUUGAUUUUUCAACCCCGCGUCGUUUCAUACUUGUUUCGUCAAACUGAGCUUAUUUCGCUCAGUUACUACUGUUUUAAUCCCUGAAAAGAGUUUCAACUCUGGUUGAAAAUUUCAAUCCUGGCCUGGAGCAGGGUUGAGUUCAACCCGGGGAGAAAUCAAUCUCUGGGUUGACGCAGGGUUGGCGCUGGGUUGACAUUUUUCAAGUGUGAAACCUCGCAUGUUUUCAACCCUGCGUCAACCCUCAAAUUUGUCUAGUGAGAAAGUGAGAAAAGGCCUAUACCUGCAGACAUGUCGGACAUUAAAAUCAUGACUGUGAUUGGUCAGGGUGCGGGGAGUCAAGGUGCGGGUCUGAAUGGAUCAGUCUAUUUCGUUGGCCUUUUGGAGAUGUGGUGGACACAAUAAGAGGGUUCAGCUAGAAAAGUUACAUGUUUUGGAUGAACCAUGGAUAAAAAGGCGUUCAGGCAUUUUCUGUGGAGUGAUCUACCAAGCACUUACACAGACCCAAAAUCCAAACCAUAAACUUUCAACAACAAAAUAUCCUAUAGUUUGAGUUCAGGUCUCCAAAAAGUAUUCACCCUUGACGAAUUUGGGUUAAGAACCAUGCCUGCCACUUAUAAUGACGUCAUGUGGAACAGUUUGAUAUGUAACUUACAUGUAUUUAUUGACGGUUGAGAUUUGCUUAAUGUGUAAAAAGGUUUGUAUUUUUGUAACUAAAUGGCCAUUUGUACAUAAAUAAAAACCUAGCUGUAUAACA